UCAUGCUCAUAUAAAUAUUCAUUACAUAUCUCUCUCGCCACCAAAUUUAACCAACAUUUGAUAACUUGUUAUCCGCUAUUUGCUUCAUUAACAUUGCAUAUUCAUCACCCUCUCUCUCUCUCUAUUUCUAUAUCUCUCUCUCUCUAUAUAUAUAUACGCACACACACAUAUAUCGACAGACCAUUCUCUCUAUAAGUUUCUCUCUCUAUCUCUCAAGAACCGGACGAUCGCGCGAGCUUCGAUUGGAGAAGAAGAUGGACAUGGAGUCGUGCGUCCCCCCCGGCUUCCGAUUCCACCCCACCGAGGAAGAGCUCGUAGGCUACUACCUCAAGAGGAAGAUCGAUGAUCUGAAAAUCGACCUCGACGUCAUCAUCGAGGUCGAUCUCUACAAAAUUGAGCCAUGGGACAUUCAAGAUAGGUGCAAAUUGGGAUAUGAAGAGCAGAAUGAGUGGUACUUCUUCAGCCACAAGGAUAGGAAGUAUCCGACGGGGACGCGGACCAAUAGGGCGACGACAGCUGGAUUCUGGAAGGCGACCGGAAGGGACAAGGCGGUGCUGUCCAAGGACAAGAUCAUAGGCAUGAGGAAGACGUUGGUCUUCUACAAAGGCCGCGCCCCCAAUGGCCGCAAAACGGAUUGGAUCAUGCAUGAGUAUCGCCUUCAGACUUUCGAGCACGGACCUCAGGAAGAAGGGUGGGUUGUCUGCCGCGCGUUCAAGAAACCGAACCCGAGCCACAAGCAAGGCUACGAGGCUUGGAACUACAUGAGAUCUUCUAACAUGAGCAGCAGCAGCAGCAGCGGCAGCUACUGCUACAGGCCUCCAUCCUAUCCCAACCUGCCUAGCUACGACCCGAACCAAAACCUUCACCAGCGGCCGCCAUUCUCAGCCGCCGAAGCUCUCAAGCCCAGCAGCUGCGCUUUCGAUGGCCAGAUGGUAGAGAUCCCGAAGCUCGACAGCCCCUCGAGCUUCGCCACGAACAAUGACAGCAGCUUCGCCAACGAGGAGGCUCACGAAGACAUCAAGAGCAACUUCGGGAGCCAUUUUAGCUUCGAUUAUAAGCUUUCUCAUCAACUGAUGGGAACGACGUCGUUCGACUACACAAACAUGCCGUUGGUCCCACAUGGUGAUGAGUUGGAUGAUCAAAGCCAUUUGAGCCAUGUACUUGAAUGCUUUCCUGACUUAUAGAUUGCAUUUAUUUUAGAAUUUUAUUUAGAAGAAAAAAAAAAGGGAGGAAGUUGUAAAAAAUAACAAGACUUUCGUUGGGAAAAUUUGAUCAAAGCUGCCUUUGAUCUUGCGACGUAGGCUGAUUAUUGUUGAUUUU